AUGGCAGUUCCAUCUACGUAUGAUGAAGUGGCAACUCAUUUACGACAGGUCCAAAGCGACCCUUCUACCAGGCUUGAUCAGACAAUCCUCGAUAAGCUAAAGCUGGAGCUUACAGAGAGUACGGACCGUAAAGUCCCCGCAGCACUGUUGACACAGAUAUCGCAGCUCCUACCUGUCCUCCAAGAAGACCCUACGCCUGUCACCACCCUUGGUAUCAAGUCCGCUGUCUAUUUCAGCUUUGCUGACCUUUGCGCCAUCGACCCUCCUAUCAAUUUCAUUGCCGGCUUUCGAGCCCCGUCACCACCUAUAAACGAGCUAGCAUUGACGUUGUUGCGCAAAGCGGGAGAUCACCCAAGCGAUGCUGCGAUAGUUGCUGGCGAUCCGGAACUGGUCACAUCUCUUGUGGAACUUUGGCUUUCUACAUCCUCAACUGCUGUCGCUCAGGCGGCAUUCGAUGCUCUCUGGGCGCUCCUAGAAGUCGACCAGACGAGCACACUGGAGAAUGGAGCGGAAAAUGGAUUUGGCGGCCAAGGCCUCAUGUGGAGAAGGGUUUUCAACGACAGAGAUGUUUACGGGCGUCUGUACUCCUUUUGCAGUCUCGCCGAUACUACGUCCAGCGGCCUGUCAAACCGCGAAAAGACUGUGGCCCAGGGCAGACUAAUGAGCUUCUUGGUGAAAGCAGGGGGUCUACGCUGGGACUAUGUCUCAAGCUCGCACGUACCGGAUGUUGAGGCCAAAUAUAAAAGCAAGAGCCUGUUGCACUUCGCUGCUUGCGAAAUGGUUGAUCAGGGUGAUGUUUUGAUGCACAUGACACAGCUGAACUUUUUCCGCGACCUACUAGAACUCGAAGCUCCCAACCUGACGUCUAGAACCGUCGUACAGUCAGCAUCUACAUUCUCCUCCCCGGCUCUCGACUUUCUCAUUUCGCACAAGAUCCACGACACUCUGCUGGAGUAUUAUGUGGAUGAAUCGAAAUUGGACCCCGUGGAUUUAAGUUUCCUUUGUGGUCCAGUCAUGGCUUACGUCGCUCAAUAUGCUGAGCUCUACCCUAACCACCUUUUGCAGAACCCCCAGGCAUUAUUAGAUCGCAUUCUCUCUCGGAUUGAUGCUUCUCUCUUAAUUUCAUCCUCACAGUGGGCACAUGGACCUGUACCAAGCGGUCAACUCAACGUCCUCUCAUCUCUCCCAAGGGUGCUACUGUUGGAGGCCAGCAGAAAGGGCGUAAACCCCAUCUUUUCCUUACCAACAAACCCUCCGAAUCAGGAGGUGUUCAACGCGCUGGGAAAGAUUUUCCAUGGGCCUCCGAAGCAUACCAUAUCUGACUCAUUGGACCUCAAUAUCUCCGGACAAACAGCAACCGACUGGAAUAAAGAAGCGGCAGCCGCCCGCGUUCUGUACUUUCUCUAUCAAAAUCAUCGUCCGUCGUUAUGGGAGGAUGUCGUCGCAGCAGCUGAUAUUUUGGCGAUGAAGGACAUCUCUCUCGCGGCCAUAUCAUUCAUGCUCGCUAUAGUCACCGCUAAUUGGCAGACAUUAUCAUUCGACUUCACCUCAUCCGUUCAUGGGACAUCUCGGUACCAGCUUCCGUCAGAGGAAGAUCUCGGUCGUUUGUCUCCGGCAACGCAAGGCGUCCUUCCUCCGUCAGGUGCCUGGGUUGCCAUCUCUCCCCCAGCUCUAACCACCCUGUUACCUUUUCUAUUCAAACCACCUCGUUCGUACUCCGAGUUUGUGGCCGGUGGAGCGGCUGACCCACAGAAUGCUGUCUGGAAGGUUGCGACAGCGAGGUACGAGGUUCUAGUCGCCUUGUAUAGGUCUAUUCAAAGCAUAGAGGACAGAGCGUCGGACCUUGAGGAUAUUGUACGCACUUUGAAGAAGAGGGUAGACGACGGACCUCUUGGUCCUGGAACUCAGACAAUUGCCCAGGUGGAGACGGUAGGCCUAUAG